AUGUUGCGAAUCGUUUUACUCGCUGCUUUCAUCGUCGGCUGCCUCGGCUCUGUGCCGAAGCCGCUCUCUCUGUUUCCGGACCCUCGAAUCAUUGGAGGAAGCCAGGUCGACAUAGGUCAACAUCCGCAUCAACUGAGUUUGCAAACUAGCGGACACAUUUGCGGUGGCUCGAUCAUCAGUAGUAAUUGGGCCAUCACUGCAGCUCAUUGCGUGGGAUCAUCUCCGAGCCAAUAUACUAUACGAAUUGGUAGCAGUCACAAAGACUUGGGCACUCCUUAUGGAAUAAAAAAUAUCAUUCGACACCCUAGGUACAAUGCGCGAACCAUCGAUUUUGAUGUCGCCCUUUUGGAGAUUAAUGGCACAGUCCAGUUUGGUACGAAUGUGCAACCUAUAAAACCGGCAAACACGGAACUUUUGCCUAAUAAGAUGGUGAACGUGACUGGAUGGGGUGCGCUUACGGAAGGCGGAUCGACUUCUGCACGGUUGAUGAGAGUAUCGGUCCCGAUAGUGAGCAAAUCAGAGUGUGCAGAUGCUUACAGGUACAUGAACAAGAUCACCGAUAGAAUGAUAUGCGCCGGUUACACCUCAGGUGGAAAAGAUGCCUGCCAAGGUGACUCUGGUGGACCCUUGACGGCUGAUGGAUUACUGUAUGGGCUCGUGUCCUGGGGCUAUGGGUGCGCCAAACCCAAAUAUCCUGGUGUUUACACGAACGUUGCUAAUCUACGGUCCUGGAUCAAGACCCACAGUGGAGUUUAAAAGAUAAUUAUCCUUAAAUUGUAAUUAAAAUACAAUGUAAAACGCGAUAAAAUACUAUAUUGAUAUAACUAUGUAGCUAUAAUAAUAUUCCUAAAAUAUUGUUAAUAUCUCAAGGAGAGAAUGUAUUAUAUUUUUGAUAAAUAUUUUUCUGUAAACGUUAUUGCGUAAAUAUAAUAUAAAUCAUUAUAA